AUAUAGCAUCAACCAGACUCUUCUGUCUGCCUUGUACUCUGUGGUUAUGGUUUGUUUUAGCGAAAUAGCUAGAGAAAAAUAUCAGUUUCAGAUAGGUGGGUCUAUUGACUGGUACAGUUUGAUAGCAUAAUAAAGACAGAUAUUGGAUGGCACUUGAUAUAAGACCUAUUGUCACCUGUAUUAAAGAUGAUUGGCAGUAUUGGCCAGAAAGACAGCUGGUUAAAGCGUGUUUGCUGUGCUUUGCCUCGCUUUUCGCUGGUUUGGCAUUGUUUAAGUGGUGUAUUUAUCUUGUGUUUGGUUAUAAAUGGCAUUUUAUACCUACAGAACACUUUAUCACUGACAAGACACCACCCAGGCAUAAAAACUGGAAAACCCGAACGGACAGACAUUUCCACAGCAAAUACGAUAGAGACAAUUGUCAAUCCACAUAAUUAUUCUUAUAUUUUAAAUCAGCCAGGGGCAUGUCAUGCAAACACAGUACUAAUCAUGAUUGUUUGUACAAGUAUGAAAAAUUUGCAAGAACGUGAAGCCAUCAGGAAUACCUGGGGGGCAGUGGGAAGGGGUACCAAGUCCAAUAUAACGGUACUGUUUUUGAUUGGAAGUGGUGGUUCAGAAGAUCUUCAAAAACAAAUUUUCAAUGAAAGCAAUCAUUAUAAGGAUAUCAUUCAAGAAAGUUUUACAGACAGUUACAGGAAUUUGAGUAUCAAAUCACAGGCUAUGCUUAAAUGGAUUAACUCAUUUUGUUUAACAGCCAAAUACGCUUUAAAAACAGACGACGAUAUGUAUGUUAAUGUUGUUAAUUUACUAAGAGCAUUAAAAAAACAGACCCUUGAAAAAUUUAUUUUGGGCUAUGUAUUUGUUAAUGCACCUCCAAAUCAAAAUAAGAAAUCAAAAUGGUACACCCCUCAUAAAGAUUUUUCUGAAAAAACAUAUCCAAGAUAUACUUCCGGAACAGCAUAUUCCAUGAGCGUAAAAGCUGUUCCUGAUCUUUAUAAGGCAUCACAAAUGAUAAAACUCUUUUGGUUGGAAGAUAUUUAUAUAACGGGACUGUGUGCAAGAAGAGCUAAAAUCCCACAAAUAAAUGAUUGGGGUUUUCAUUAUACCAAGCCAGCAACUACUGGUUGUGCCUACAGAAAUACUAUUACAGGCCAUCAAAAUACCAUACAAGAAAUGUAUAAAAUUCAUAAAGAAUUACUUGACCCCAAACUUAAAUGUUGAUUUUGGUUGUUCUUGUUUUGUUGUAUCGUUUAAAUCAUAGUCACCAAAUUAUCAUUCAAAUUUAAAUUGAGAUAAAUUUUUACUUGUGGAUGGAUGUCUGUUCUGCAUUAUCUAUACAAAUAUUUGUAAGUGUCGUUUGUUUGUCUGUUCAGGGUUGGCGGCUACACUAGAGAUGUCCCGAGGUUGAAAUCUGACAUAGGCCUGGUGGCGCUGCACAUCCGGUUUCAGAGUUAUACUACUUUCAGUACCGGGCACAACCUGUGCAGCACCAGACCAUCCGCUAGUGUGUUAAAAAAUCGAUGCAGUAAAUUGACUAUUUAUUUUAUUUUUCAUGUUCUUUUACUGUACACAUAUUGUUCUAUAAUAGUCAUAAAACACACGCAAAGAUAAAAGUUUACAAAUACAUGUAGUUCAUGUAUAUUCUCUAGUCCUAUAUGUGGAAAUUUUUAAAGGACUUCCUAUAUUUUUCUGUGGAAAUGGGCAUUUAUGGGUAAGCUUACUCUUCCAGACACCUGUUACCACUGUUUGUCGUAUAUUUUGUACACGAGGAGCAGUCCAUUUGCUGAUUACACUAUUUUGUUUGAAUACACUAUUUUGCCUGUAACGUUUUUUAGGACUUUGAAUUCUGUCUUAUGGUUUGGAUUGUUCGUACUUGGUUUUAUUUUAUUGAUAAAACACAUGUUAAGAUAAAUGUUUACAAAUAGUUCAUUUAUAUUCCCUAGUCUAAAUAUUUUAUUUUAUUUUUCUUGAAGUUACUUAUUUUAAAGGAUUUUGUAUAUUUUACGGAGAAAAAUUGACAUUAAAUUUGCGAGUGCAUGCAUAUCAUUUAUAUUAUUAUCGAAGAUAUAUCUGAUUAUAUGAAUCAUUUACCUAUAGUCUAAGCAUUCAUUUUACCAAUAGGUCAUUAUGUAAAUAUUAAAUUAAGCCACUUUGAUUUUAAAAAAAUUGGUGUCUCAAUUCUUUAGCUCGCUUUUACAUGUACUUUCUUAUAAGUCUUUUAUAUAGGAUGAUGAUGCAUUAAUUGUAUGUUGAACAUGACUGAUAUAAUAUGUUCUACCUACCUACUCAUUCUAUCUUUAACUCACUCUAUUUAAACAGGUUAAUUUAAAACAAACAUUGAUGUCUAUAGAUUUAGAUGUAAAUAUAUAUUUAUAUAUAUAUAAUAUACAUAAAGGAACAAAAAUGUGACUGAUGACAGCAAAAUGACCAAAAAUUCAAAAUUGAGUUAUAUAUGUCAUCUUAAUGAGAACGUCAUAGCUGUCUAAUGAACCCAAAGUCAUUGCUCUACCUUACUCCAUCGUCAAGAUACGAGAGUCCAGAAACGCCUAUUUUGAGAAAACUUUGUUUAAAGAUUAUUUUCAAAAUCUCUGUUAUGCAUGUCAAAAGUCAUGGUUAAAAAUGCCAAACUAACACUAAACUUGACACAAUUAUUAAGAACAUAAGAUUUCAACAUUACACACGUAAUUUCAAUAAAGGUCACAAAAAUAAUCCAAAACGAGAUCGUUCCAUUGUUGAACACUGGCCGAUGCAGACAAAUUAAAAGCUGUCAAACCGUUGAUAUAUUUCGCGACGGUUUGCUCUUUCGAAAAAAAGCACCAUUUAAACAAGGGAGGUUUGUUUACUAAAACUAUGCAAUUUUUUUUAAAAAAUGACUACAGUUUUAAUUCAUAACUUUAUAAUUUUCUGUCUGUUGACGAAAACACGAAAGGCAGCCGUCAUCUUGUUUGAGAUGACGUUGCGAUAGACGGGUCACGUCAUUGACAUCACCGGGUCAUGACUUCCAGGAGGUCACAUAGCAACAAGGCGGAUUUGUUUACUAUUUUAAAGCUGCUAUUGGCUGAGUAGUGGUGUUGAAUAUUAUAAUGUGUACUAUAAAUAGAAAGAGAGGAUUUCGCUGGCUGUUUUGGUAUAGGUUACAUGCAGGGCUUCCUUCGGCAAAAUGGCUACAUUUUCCAGCAAAAUUGGUCAAUUAUGGCUUUCUUUCAAGUAACCUACUUGGAGGAAACUACUGUUUUAAACUAGCCUACUGUUUACUAAUUGCUACAUAUCGACGUUUUCUUGCUAGUAAAGUGUGGCGGGCUGAAUUUUAACAUGAUAAAGUAUUCGAAAAUGAUCAAAACCAAAUUUUGAAAAUUUUUGCACUCGGACACAAAUUGGCGCAUAAUUAGAAAUCUACUUGUGCGACCCAUGACUCAUUUUGCUAUCAUGGGUCAAAAAUGUAUGUAUUGGUGCCCACUAGAAUGGAAAUCGGUGCUUCCACUUCAAAAUUAUGUCAAGCAGUAAACCUCAGAUUAGCAAGAUAUACCUAAACUGGCUAAACAUAGAUAUACAUAAGUAAUUAAUGGUGUCCCUGAGUUGAUCAAGUAAGGUUAGGUUGAAGUCAAGACUUCCACUUCAUUUCGCAGCCAGUAAGAUUGUCUUUCAAAGAAUAUAAUAUUUAGCUUUAUCCCAAUUUUAAUAUAUAUAUUUUUGAUUGUUUUUACACACAAGAUAUUAAAAAACCUGUAUAUAUGGUACAGAAAUUUUAUUUUUAUCUAAUGUUAUAUUCAAGAUAUAUGAGGUAGGAAGUGUAAUCAUCUGUUUACUUAUGUACAUGUACAUAUAUUUAACAGCUAUUGAUCAUGAUCAAAAGCAUUGGGAUUAAUAUUCUGUGAUAUAAGCAGACCACUAGUCUUUUCCCAGUCAGAUUUGUUAUUAGUCGACAUAUUAUAUUAUAUUAUAUUAUAUGCUACUGUUGGAAAUUUAGUGGGGUGCGGGGGGAAGCAGGGAUUGUUUAGUAAUUUAUGUCAAAGGUUCAUGUUUAUUUCAAAUAGAUUUGAUUUGCAGUUGAACCAGUUUUCGAGAAAAGCUUUGUUUUUGGCAAAGAGUCUAUAUGUUUGAUUUAAAGAUGCAUUAUGUAAAAGUUAGAUAAAGAGCUUAAGUGGUGGACACAUUAGCCGAAUUAUUCGGCCAAAUCAAUCGGCACUGAAUUUAUUCGGCUGAAUUGGUGUACACACUAGGCGAAUGCUUCGCACGAUUCACCAGUCGAUUGCAUCAUCUUUCACGUCACAUGAUUAAACAUGGCAGUGUCUAUGUCUUCAAAUAAUCACAUGACUUCUCUAUAUGAGAGGAUGAUUAGUGGUGAGUGGCUAAUGAAUUCUACAAUCGGGCGAAGGAUUCGGCGAAGGAUUUGGCGAAGCAGACACACCAGGCGAAUAUAUCAAACAUGUUUGAUUCGGGCGAAUCAUUCGGUCUGAGAGAAAUUUGGUUUAAUGACUGGACACGCUAGGCAAAUGUCGACGCCGAUGGCGAUAGAUUCGGCCGAAUCAUUUGGCUAAUGUGUCCACUGCUUUACCAUUCUUGCUAUAAUAAUUCCAAAAUUUUAUACAAAUUACUUUAUUCUUAAGUGAAGUUACCACUGUUUGAAGUUUUGACAAGAUGUGACAUAGAUUGUUAAUUAUUGUCACGGCACUUGUUGUUCUGAAGUUAAGAAUGAAUGUUGUAAUUUUAACAUGUAUAUAACAUUAAAGAAACAUUCCUUUGUAUCUGAUUAUUCAGUUAUAACUGGCUCCAAAAUAUGCCCUAAUUAGAGUCACAUACUAUGUACCAACAUAUGCCAAACUAAUGGAACAUGCAUGACCAAAUUAAACAGCUGUAUUCUGUUCAGGUUAAUCAGGGAAACAAUAGUUUAAGUUUUUCUAAAUGGAUGAGAGUGAUAAAGCUUGGCAUAUAGUUUGCAUUACGGUACUUCAAUACCUUGACUAAAUUCAAUCAUGAGCAUUUGUUACUUAGGCUAAAUAGAGAUAAGAAAUUUAAUUAGUUGGAACUUUGGACUGAGUUUGAAUGAUGCAUUGAUGAGCAUUUUCAACUUCUGCUCAGCAGAGGUGAGCAAAUUGAUUUGCAAUUGCUUUGGAACACAAUUAAGGGGGACUGAUGAAAUGUAUAGUUUUCAUGUCAAUACCUUGAGUAAAUUCAAUAGUUUAAGCAGAGUGAUAAUUAUAAGUAAGUUGAUUGUUAGAUGGUUUAUAAAAGCAUAAAUUUGCAAUUACAGUAACCAAUAAGUGCCAUCUGUUCAUUUUGGGGCAGUGAUCACCAGUCCCACUGUUGGCGUUUGAAUACUUGGAUGUGCUUAAGUAGCAAAGUCUCUAACUCAGUAUCAUUCAAUAAAGUCUUUGACAUUGAAAACACAAAUUAUUUGUCAAUUUAAAUCAACAUUGAUUUUGUGAUCUUACUGGGAAAAGAUGGGCUUCUGAUAUACAAUAUUUAAAGUAGCCAAGUUUCUAGAGAUUGCCAUUCGAUUGAAACUUCUGCUGAAUUUCGCCAAACAUAACUGAUUAGAAAUAACAAUAAAAGACAAACGAUUGUGUUCUAGGUCCCAAAUAUUAGCAAUUUAGCCCCUUAAAGACAAAAUAAACAUUUUACCAUUGGUCACAAAUCGUGUACCAUAAUGCGUUUCAGAGCCAUUUGUAACAAGGGACUCGAAGAACGAGGCUGGACGUAUUCCACAAGUCAGGUCAAAUGGUGACAGCAUAUUCUUAUCUGGAGAGCAUGCGCAAUAAAUACUAUCUGUGUAGACUAGACGCUAGAGAUUGCCAUUUGAUUGAGACUACUGACGUAUUUCGUCAAACAUAACUUAUUAUAAAUUACAGUAAAAACAGUUUAUAUACAUUCAUAUUACAUUAUUAUAUGCUUUGCGACGUAUUUGAGUCAAUUUCUAGGUCUCAAAUAUUAGUGUUUUAGCUCUUAGCACACAAUUGUGUGCCAAUUUUCAAAUUUUCAUUUUGUCUUAAAUAUUAGAUAUCAGAAGCCCAUCUUUUCACAGUAAGAUAACAUCAAUUUUGAUUUGAAUUGACCAAUAAGACUGUGGAUGAUAUUGAGUUAAUUGGAGCAAUAACUGACAAUGCUGAUAGUAAAAGGAAGAAGCCUAGUCAUUUCUGUUAAUUAGUGUGGUACUUGGGGAUGAAUAUGUUAUAUAAUGUAUUUAUGAAUUAAAAUGUACAUGUAUAUAUUAAACAUAAAUUAAAACUCAAUUUUAAACA